CUAGAACUAGAUCCUGCAGUCUUGAACUCUGUGGGGACGGCAAGAAGCCUAAAUCUCCAGUGUAUAAGGAUGCACGAAUCCUCUGCAGAAUGGUGAGCAUUUCGUUUCAUUGACGCAUGCAGUCAUCAUCCAAUCGACUCGCCCGACCAACACAUUACGGUAUUCGAACUUGCAGUUGAUAACUCGUCUGCAUCUUGAUCCCCUUUGCAGACUCUUGACUGUAGAUCCUGCAUCGUAUAAGCCUACCAGACUCGACAGCAUCUGAACAACAAGACAUUUCUACAACGCCAUACCGAGCAACAAGCGGCUGGGUUGUCACCAAAUUCCUCUUUUUUUCCCUUUCCUCCAAGACAAACAACCAAACAGCCGUCCUACAACUACAAAAGCAACCCCCCAACAAAUAAACUCAAAAUGCAGCUCCCAUCCGCCCUCAUCGCCCUCGUCCUCACAAUCGCCGUGCCCCUCAUCUCCGCCACGCCGACCCUCGUCUCCAGGGCAGAGCUCAGCCCCGCCGGCCCGUCUACCAGCUAUGUCAUUGGAAAGACCAGCCGCGAGGCCACCGCCGACAUCAAGGCCAGGUCUGCGCCCUUGGCAGCCCAGACCCCCGUCGUCAACGACGGAGCGGUGCCGGGCGUGAUCGCCGCCCGGUCCCCCGGCUCACAGACGGCCGGCAGACUUCAGGGCAGGGGCAUGGGCAAGAUCGCAAGGCGCGGGAGGGUCGUCGUGCCGCCGUCGAUGGAGGAUAUGCCGUGAAUAUGAUUUCAGUGUUCACUCUUGGCUGUUGAUGAUGGCGUUUAAUCGUUUCUUUUUCGCGAAUUAAGCGCCGUUGGUUCCUUUACUUUGUUUCUAAUGUAUCAUUUCCUUUGUUUUGUUGCAUAGCGGAGGCGCCGAGGCGUUAUUGGGUUUCUUUUCUGGUAGAGCUUCACUGUUGGGAUACGGUCAAGUCACUUCAUAGCACGAGGUUAUAACAUCCAUCAUUCGUGUUAUUCUCCAGUCCAUUUGACGUCUCAUUGAUGCUCGGUAUGUAGAUUUAAUACCUUCGUAGCAGAACUAACUUGUACACGAAC